UUUUUUCACCCGUCUGUGAGUUCCUAUCUAUUUCCCUCCCGGCGGCAGCGCUUGUGCCCGUUUUCAGUGCCCUAAUUCGCCGUUGGUGUUGAAUCCUUUAAAUCUCCUAACUCGCCUCCGCGCUGGCCGCCGAUCCUCGCUGCGCCAUCACCGGCAACCCUCCAGUCGUCCUCUGGCCUCUCUCUUAAUCUUGGAUUCUCACUUGGUGGAGAUCUGAUCAAAUGGGAGAAGGCACAAAUUAGUUACUAUGUUGGUGUUGAUAUAGCAGAAGGCUCGUAUAAAAAAUAAAAUAUAGAGGACUUGUUACCCUGUGAUCUGGGUUUCUCUGGUUGGUGCCCUUGUGUGAGGCUUUGGACACAAAAUCAUGCUGCAGUGCAUUUUCCUCCUCUCUGACUCUGGCAGGGAGGUGAUGCUGGAGAAGCAGAUGUCUGGGCACCGCGUGGACCGCUCCAUCUGCACAUGGUUCUGGGAUCAUGCCCUCUCACACUCUGAGGUCCUGCCUGUGACCGCAUCUCCUACGCACUAUCUCUUCCAUGUUGUCCGUGAGGGCAUAACUUUCUUGGCGUGCACCCAGGUUGAGAUGGCACCUCUUUUGGCAAUUGAGUUCCUCUGCAGAGUGGUGGAUGUUUUGACUGAUUAUCUUGGGGCUCUGAAUGAGGAUUUGAUCAAGGAUAAUUUUGUUAUAGUCUAUGAGCUAUUGGAUGAAAUGAUGGACAAUGGUUUUCCUCUGACGACAGAACCUAAUAUUUUGAGAGAGAUGAUAACCCCUCCAAACAUUGUUAGCAAAAUGCUUAGUGUUGUUAUGGGUAAAAGUUCCAACAUGAGCACUGUUCUUCCAGAUGCAACAACUUCUUCUGUUCCCUGGAGAAAGACUGACCUCAAGAGUGCAGCAAAUGAAGUCUAUGUUGACAUUAUUGAGGAAAUGGAUGCUGUUAUUACCAGAGAAGGGGUUCUCAGCAAAUGUGAAAUAUAUGGUGAAAUUCAAGUGAAUUCUCAUCUUCCAGGACUACCAGAUUUGACUAUAUCACUUGCUAAUCCUGCUAUCCUGAAUGAUGUGAGGUUCCAUCCUUGUGUUCGCUUUCGGCCUUGGGAAUCACAUCAGAUAUUGUCAUUUGUACCCCCAGAUGGGCAGUUUAAGCUCAUGUGCUACAGGGUGAAGAAUCUGAAGAGCACACCAAUUUAUGUGAAGCCACAACUGACUUCAAAUUCUGGUUCUUGUCGUCUUAAUGUACUGGUUGGAAUCCGCAAUGAUCCAGGAAAAUCAAUUGACAAUUUAUCAGUUGAGUUCCAGUUGCCCCCUUGUGUUUCAUCAGCAGAAUUAACCACAAAUCACGGAACAGUUAAUGUUCUUGCUGACAAGAAAUGGUCAUGGAUGAUUGGGCGGAUCCCCAAAGACAAAUCCCCAUCUUUGUCCGGUGAUCUAAUUCUGGAGGCCGGCCUCGAACGUUUGCAUGUAUUCCCUGUUUUUAAGGUGGGAUUCAAGAUCAUGGGAGUUGCUCUAUCAGGCAUGAAAAUUGACAAAUUGGAACUCAAGAAUGUGCCAAGCCCUCCAUACAAAGGUUUCCGGGCACUUACUCGAGCCGGAGAAUACCAAAUAAGAUCCUAAUGAGGCAUGCCCCUCUGAUUAUAUUGUAGUAUGGUUCUGGGAAAGAAAAACUGAUGUAAUUGAGAAGAUACUGAAAUUUUGUUUCUGUUUGUUGGGCCUCUUGGGAUGUUUUAAAUGCAUGUGGAGUGUUUGGUUACAUGUAAAUUAUUUCUGGUUAUGAGUCUUAUGACAUAUGGCAAAAAGGACCACCUUGCCAUAAAUCAUACUAGAUUAAUGACCCGAGCUAACAU